AUGCGUCCUACUCUCGCCCUCCGUGCUUUCCGCCCGACCAUGCGCAUGAGGACCCCGGUUCCUGCCGAGGACCAAGUUGGCCACACCGUUUCCCAGAGACUGCGCAAGCUCAAGCAGAUCCCCCCCGAAUUGUUCCCCCUCGGUGUCGUCGUUGGCUUUGCCCUGGCCGCUGCUGCCUACUCCGUCGGACGUCAUUUCAUGACCGACGGCACCAUCCGUAUCAAGCGCCAGAACAAGGCUGCCGUUGAUGCCGCGGAGGCCAAGGGACACCACUAG